CUUAUUUAUUGCUUGAUGUUUAUCGGAUUCGGGUUCGUGUUUGGCUCCUGACGACGGAUCCAGUUCGGAUUCCUCAUGUUGAAUGCGCAGGACGACGUGGCAUUUUCGGUCCUGUCGCGUGCUAUCUCUCGAACCUUCGAUCCCCGCCACCGCCGCUGCCCUCUUUUUAACUCCUCGAAUCAGAAGUGCCCAAUCCCCCUUCCUCUAUUCGAACGAGACUCGUGCUGCAACGGCGUCCGUGCUGCAGCCCUCAGGUCAUACUGCUGAACGAGGGGGCCAACACGUCCCAGGGGAAGGCACAGAUGACGAGCAACAUCAAGAUGGAAACCAAAGUGCCUGGGAUCUCCUCGACAUCGUCCAUACCGCCGCCAAGAUCAUGUAUCUCCUCGACAUCCAUGAUCUUGGAUCUCCUCGACAUCGUCAACAUCAAGAUGGGAACCAACGCCACAAAUCAUGGAUCUCCUCGACAUCGUCCAUACCGCCGCCAAGAUCCUCGUCGGCGGUUGCCAAGUCGCAAGACUCCGAGGUAACUUGCCCGGCCUGGGAUCACGAACGAACGGUAGGGCACGAGCAAAAGGUGCCAACGCCUGAAGAUCAAGAUGGAAACCAAAGUGUGUUUAUGUCAACAAGAACCCAUCGAUUGAUCAAGAAAGCAACGAACUGCUGAUCUGGGUUUAACCGCUGUCAGAUGGAUCAUGGGUGCAUCUCGCAUCAGCAGUUUUCUUAUGCACACA